UCCGUCCGUGUGUAAACGCAGAAGGAGAAGAGGAAGCGGCCAUGGCGACAAUGAUUGAGGAAAACGGUCCUUCCAGUCACGAGCAGCCUGGAAUGCCCUUGUCCUACCAGGCCAGGCACAAGCUGGAGGGGCUCCUGAACAAGAACAUGAAGAUCCGCAUGACAGACGGACGCACGCUGGUGGGACUCUUCCUCUGCACGGACCGGGACUGCAACGUCAUCCUGGGCUCGGCGCAGGAGUUCCUCAAAUCCACAGACACGUUCUCCCAGGGUGAACCCCGAGUCCUGGGCCUGGCCAUGAUCCCCGGUCACCACGUGGUUUCCAUCGAGGUGGAGGCCGACAGUCUGGAGGACACAGACGGAUUUGGGGUGAACCACUGACGGACCCCUGGCUGCUUGAGCAACACUCGUGUUGCAUUCAUGUGACUGACGCUCACGGAGCCAUGACGUGAGGUUGUGGCUGAGCCCAGAGACCUCAGGACAUGUGCUGUGGAGGAUUUUACAGAAUCCUGGAUUUAACCACGUUCCUCCAUGGUUGAAGAAGCUGUGUCAGCUGUACAGCAACAGCAUGUGUGUAUGAUAAGAAAUGGGCAAACAGCAGAUACCUUGAUAUGUGUGGAAAAGGUGUUUCAGUGUGUUGUACAGGAAAUGUCUUUGUUGUGAUGUUUUAUAAAUAAAUAGCUGUAUUUGA